AGGAGGAGCGGACGGUUCGGGAGGCGGGAGGAGAUUGUGAGCACAGGGUAGGAAUGGAAACCGCGGCUGGACUGGGAACUGGAUCAACUUCUGGGGAUAUUAGAAAGUGAGGAUUUGCAGACAGAAAUCUCAAACCAAAUGUCACGUCAAAAUCUGGCAGAGUCACUUGAUUCAUCAGGAUCUGAAUAUCAUUGGCCUUUGAAUCUAGGAGGAGAAACGUUUGUCUGUUCUGUCUCCUUCUGAACUUUUGAAAUAUCAGUGUGACUGGUAAAGAACCGACAACCCAAGUGAGAGUAUUCCAGUGAACUGACUGCAGAAAGUGCCUUGACCUGUUUUAAAGGCUGAAAAAACAUCACACCAUUCACAGCAGGGCCAAACUGUGCAUGUCUUUUGUGUGUGGACAAGGCCUCAAUUGAUCAUCACACCUGGAGAGACAGAUGGACACCUGCACCAUGAAGAAACCAUGGAAAUGUGGGGAGUGCAGGAAGGGAUUCAGAACCCCAUCUCAACUGGAAAUUCAUCAUCGCGUUCACUCCGGGGAGAGGCCAUUCACCUGUUCUGAAUGCGGGAAGGUAUUCACUCAGCUAUCCCACUUGCUGAGGCACCAGCAAGUUCACACUGGAGAGAAGCCAAUUACCUGCUCCAAGUGUGGGAAGGAAUUCAGUGAUUUAUCCAACCUGCUGCGACACCAGCAUGUUCACACUGGGGAGAGGCCAUUCACCUGCUCCCUGUGUGGGAAUGGAUUCAGUGAUUAUUCUGCCCUGCAGAAGCACCAGCGAGUUCACACCAGGGAGAGGCCGUUCACCUGCUCUGAAUGUGGGAAGGAAUUCACUCAGUCAUGCAACCUCCUACGUCACCAGCGAGUUCACACCGGGGACAGGCCGUUCACCUGCAUUGUCUGUCAGAAGGGAUUCAGUGAUUCAUCCACCCUACGAAAACACCAGCGAGUUCAUACUGGAGAGAGGCCAUUCACCUGCUCUGACUGUAGGAAGGGAUUCACUCAGCUAUGCAGCCUGCUGAGACAUCAGCGAGUUCACACUGGGGAAAGACCAUUCAUCUGCCCUGAGUGUGGGAAUGGAUUCACUCAGCUAUCCAGUCUGCUGAGACACCAGCGACUUCACAAACAAUUACAGGGGUUGGAUUCUGCUGUUAUUGCUGCUGUUAAUCACACCCAGGACUGAACCAUGUUCAUUCUGCAGUUGGAGUGGGAGGAUCGGAGGAUGUCUUUCUGCUGGACUGGCCGGUCUCACGAUUUUGCUUUCAGUGGGCCGAUGCUGUUUGAGCCUGGAAGUAUACAGUUCCACAGAAACGAUCCACAAAAGCUGAUGAAGUACAUAUAUUUUAUCCUGAAUAGUAAAUAGUGUUUGCCUAUCGCUAGAGAUAGAUUUAAAAUAAAUAUAUUUGUCUUUGUUCCAUUGAGUCUACAGUUCAGAGCCAGGCCAGCUGGCUCAAUUAGUCUGUGUCAGUAUUUAUGUUCCACAUGAUCCUCCACCCACCCCACUUCAUCUCCCCCAUCAGCAUAUCCUUCUAUUCCUUUUUCCCUCAUGUAUGUAUGUAGCUUCCCCUUAAAUGUAUUCAUGCUGUUCACCUCAACCACUCGCUGUAGUAGCAAGUUCCACACUCUCACCACUCGCUGAGUAAAGAGGUUUCUCAUGAAUCUAUUGAAUCCCUUCAUAAUCUUAAACACUUUUAUCAGGUCACCCUUUGGUCUUCUCUUACCUAGAGAAAAGUGCCUCAGCCUUUCCUGAGGGUUAAAUGCUCUCAGUUCUUGUGAAUCUUUGUUGCAUCUUCUUUGGUGCUUCUGCUUUCUUUGCCUAAAUGGAGAUCACUAAUAUUGACAGCCCUCCCAGUGUAGUCUAACCAUGGUUCUAAACAAGUUGAGCAUAGCCUCCCUGCUUUUCAAUUCUCUAGAAAGGAACCCUAUAUAUGGCCCCACCCUGUAGGAAAGAUGUGACAUCCUUAGCAAGGUUGCUGCAGGGAUUGACAAGAGGGACUUCAGUUCAUUGAAAUUAUUUUCUUUAGAUCUUAGAGUUAUUAAGGCAGAGGAGGAGGCUAUUCAACCCAUGAGUCCAGGCCAGGGUUCAGUAGAGCAAACAAGUCUAUUCUUAGUUUUUAUUCCUUCACAGGACCUGGGUGUUGCUGGCUGGGUAUUGCCCAUUCCUAAUUGCCCUUGAGAAGGUGGUGGUGAGCCGCCUUCAUGAACCACUGCAGUCCCUGUGGCG